GCCAAAAAUUCUGGCAGUACCAACGGGAGUGUUGCGGUGUCUAUGCAAGUGGCAUACGAAUGGUACUUCAAGGAAGACGACGGGUCGUGGGUCAAGUUUGGCUCCAAAGGUAAUUCCAACAUCAUAGGUACUAUGGAAAGACAUUAUCUGUCUAACCCAUUAACCAACUUCAAAUUCACUGUCGGAAACCAGUCGUACGAUCUAAAUUUCACCAACAUGACUCAAACCAACACCUCGACUGGCAAAGUACGAGAAGUACGUAGGUGUAAGCAGCUCGUAUCCGCGACAGGUGGGGUGGUUGGUUCAUCUACGUCAGCAUCAACUAAGCUGUUCACUGAAAUCCCUUUUGGACAAACGAGUUACACGACACCCCUUGGAGCGAACCAUGCUGAGUACGCCAAAGUUCUAGCACUGCUGAGGUCGACAAAUUGUCAACCCCGCAACAUCUUCAAAGUGAACAACCCGUACCUCAAAGCUGCGUUUGAUAUCAAGAAGGCCCAACUUCAGAGUCAAUAUCCAAGUGUUCCGUACAGGGAAGAGUGCCUCUUCCAUGGAACGAAUUCUGCUAACGUUAAAGCAAUCCUGGAAGAGAACAUCGACUGGAGACUUCAUGGAUCCAAUAGAGGACAAGCAGUAGGAAGAGGAGCGUAUUUCUCUAACAACGCACAAAUGUCUCGCGGCUACGGGAAUGCCAUUUUUAUUUGCAAGGUCCUGGUGGGUCUCACCGCCCCCGGCAACGCCCAGACCGUCAAGCCUCCAAAAGACGGAUCAAACCGCCCCAUCGACACCACGGUUGACAAUACCGCCAACCCAACCGUGUUCGUCAAGUAUGAUUCUCAGGAGUUCUACCCUGAGUACUACGCGGAGUGUUGAGGUGCCUAACCCCACACAAGAGUACCACAUGGAGUGGUGCUCCACAUGACACCACAUUCUCUUUUUUUGCCAGAUCCAAUUAUUUUUGGGAUCACAGUUUUCCCCAUGACUUACCUGAGGAAGAGACUAGUGACCUCGUUUUUUUACAUGCCUAAAUUAAUAACUACUCACAAUAUCACGUAUGAUAAGUUAAGGCUGUUUUAAAAAUGGAUUUACUCGUUCCAUAUAUUUUUUAGUUUAUUAGCGGAAGUGAAGACAUUUUGUAAUGUUUGUUCUUCUUCAUAGUUUCCUGCUGUAAACUUAGAAAAAUGCUUUCUUGAGUUGUAAUUAAUGAAUUUUUUAUAAAUAAGGACUCUAUCGCUCAAGGUUGUGUGAUGUAUUUUACUCAAAAGGGACUACAGUAAGACUUGUGUUGUGCUGUUUAGGGCAACAUGGGCCAGUGGGCCCAGUGCCCACCCCUUUUUUUAAACUAAAUUUUUGAUGAAGUUAUA